AUGGCAGGCGACGACGUUUGGGACGGCGCAGUCUAUCUCAACAAGCCCGGAGUCAAGGAAGCCGCCGAGAUCAACGGACGCACGAUCAAGCGUGCCCUUGUCGAGGCCGGCAUCCCCGAGUCCAAGUUCCCCACCCUCGAUGUGCUCGAGGUCGGUGCUGGUGUCGGCACCGUCACGCGCCAUCUGACGGGCUUCCACUCUGUUCACUCGAUCGAGCCCUCGCGAUCCAUGAUUAGCGUUCUGUCUAAGCAGGUCGAGGGCCUCGACAACGUGACCUGGGCGAUGCACGAGUUCGGACCGACCUCCGCUGCUCAAUUCGACCGCGGAGAGGAGAUGCCCUCCCCCAUCGAGAGCGACCCGGAACGCAAGCUCGCCCCGCCGCGCAAGCGGUUCGAUGUCGCCGUCGCGACCCUCGUCGCGCACCAUGUUGGAACCCUCAAGCCUUCUUCGAGGGCGCAUGGCGACGACGGGGAGGACAUCAGCGCCGUGUUCCACGUCAAGGAGGAGCCGAAGAAUGAGCCCGUCGAGGACUGGGAUCAGGGGGUUAUCACCGGCAACCAGUUCCGAACCACGCCCACCAAGGCGCAGCUCGGCGGCCUGCUGACCAAGUACGGCUUUACCGGCGUCGGCGACAUGGACGGCGAGGGUGUGCCCGCAUUCCGGCUCGAGAGGGGGCCGGUGCCGACUCUCGUUGUCUGGGGCAGGCGACCGGAGUAA